AUGGAAGCUAAAUCAAAGAAGGAUACUUACGAAAUAUUGUCUUAUUUUUAGAAAAUUCAAAUAGUGGCUUUGGCGGAUGUAAAAUAAUUAAGAGCCUUUAUUCAACAAUUUGAAGAAUUUAAGAAUGUUUUAGAAUUAAAAACAUGA